AAGAUUAUAAAUUAGUUUUGGCGGAAGAAAUAGUCCAACUAGAUGAACACAACAGGGAGGUCAACAAUGUGCCUAAUAUGCCUUAUUUUUCUCCGCAAGCGGCGCAGUUAACUUAAAGGGAAAAACGAGAUCUGUAGCUCAACUAUCCAGUGAACAAGUCACUGGAACACUUGCCCCCCACCCUUUCAUUUCUACUACACAUUCUCCAACACAUCACUACCUAGUAAAAUUACACUAUAUUUUACUCUUUCCAGUUUCCCCUUUCAUUUCUAGAUAUCCCCAAAAUAAGACCUUAGCUGCAGACCCUCCCAAACACUUCAAUGGAUCCCACCCUCAAAAAGCAACCUAAACCUACCCCUUUCUCCGCCACUACAAACUCCAAGCCCCACCCCCCACCAGAUCCCACCCUCUCCUACCCCACUGUCCAAAACAUCUCUUCUCACUUCUCCAAGCUCUAUGCAAAUCACAAAAUACUCAAAUCUGGGCAUAGACAUCCUCCUCCUGUUGACACUCAUUUGCAAGCCAAAACUCUGGCUGCUUCCACUGCUUUUGAUUCCUCAUGCUCUACUUUGACCAAGUCAAAGAGCCAACAUGGGAGGAGAUAUGUGCAGAAGGAUAUUGAUAAAGCUAUUGUCUUGCAAGAAAAAGGUGAAAUCAAGAAAAUACCCAAUAAGGAGGAGGAAUUGAAGAAAGAGGUGGAUGUGAAAAAGGCAUUAGCCCUGUUAUCCAAGAGCCAAGGUAGUGACCAGCUGAAGGGGUUUCAACAAAGGGGUGGAGAAAAGAUCAAAAGGCCAUCUUUUUCCUUAUGUAUGAAUGGUGGAGGCAGGAGGAAAUCAUUAUGCUGCUCACAGACUGAGUUGGCUGAUUUUUUUUCUUGCAGUGGUGUGAAAGUUGUGUCUGUGGAUAUGCCACCCUUUAUGCAGAUUCAUGCUGUGGAUUUUGCAAGAAAGGCUCAUGAUAGCUUGGAAAAGUUCUCUUCUAAAUCCCUUGGUUUUUCCCUCAAAAAGGAGUUUGAUGGGGUCUAUGGACCAGCAUGGCACUGUAUAGUAGGGACCAGUUUUGGCUCUUUUGUCACACAUUCAGUUGGUGGUUUCAUAUAUUUCUCCAUGGAUCACAAGCUAUAUGUACUCCUGUUCAAGACUACUGUACAAAAAGCUGAAUCAAGUUGAAAUCUUGAGGUGAAAUUCCUUUUAGCAUAGGGAAAUUUUUGGAAAAAAGUUUGCCAUCUCUAUCUUUGUAGUUUUGUACAUCAGCUUUGAUUAAAAAAGAAGCAGCAAUGGUAGUUCUAUAGACCCUUUCCUCCCCUUAACUGUGCCCUUAAACACCCUCCAAAGAGGGAGUGUAGUGUAGUGUAUUGAUCAUUGGAAAAUUUGAGAAACAAAUGUACACUAUUAUAUUUUGUCCUCUGGCUCAGAAAGUAGAUAAAAUUAUUUAAUGGUGGUGUCCAUGAUGGAGUGAUUGAUGCUACAAGUAAAUGGACCAUCAAUGGAGGUAAAGAGGAAAAGAGUUGUUCAAUAGAUUUUACCUAUUUACUCUCUACUUUUACUGUACUGCCAGAAGAUUUGGGGUGUUGCUAUUUUAAUGAUUUGAAAGAUACUGAUGAAA